ACAUCAUUCUUAGACCGUUCAAAUACCGUAAAAUAAGAAGUUGUCAGUAUGAAGACCAGUCUAUUGUCCAGCACGGCGUUGACGCCAGGAAACAUCGUGGGAACCUUAGUUCUUGGUGUAGUGAUCUAUAUUCUGUAUGAAGUCAUACGGUUCAUGCUUUACGUGCAAUACAUGUGUAAAACAUACCGAGAUUUGCCUGGCCCUGAAGGUGCACACUGGCUGUAUGGUCAUCUUAAUAAGCUUCCUAAGACAAGCCAUGAAAGACUUGAGUAUGGGAUGAAGAACACGACACGGUUUCCUCGGUACUAUAGGUUUUGGUCAGGUCCCAGGGCAAAUAUCGUUCUCAACCAUCCAGAAACUAUCAAAGUGGUCAUCAAGACAGCAGAGCCUAAGCCGACAGGAUUUGGAGGCUCCUAUAGACAUGCCUUACCCUGGCUGGGCCCAGGAUUACUCAUCGCCGGGGGUAAGAAAUGGGCCCGAUCUCGACGUUUACUUACACCAGCCUUUCAUUUUGAUGUCUUACGACCAUAUAUGGAUAUCUACAAUGAGGCAGCAGAGGAACUCUUGAAAAACAUCGGCACGUGUGCGGAGAAGGGUGAGAGUUUUGAGACUUUCCAUGUGGUGAGUGCCUGUACUCUAGACAUCAUCCUGAGGUGUGCCUUCUCCUACUGUACCAACUGUCAGAACCUCGGAGAGAGUCACCCCUAUGUAACAGCCGUGAAGGAGUUAGCGGAGACCUGGGGAGAGAGGAGUCGGAAUCCUCUGCUGUUUCCUGACUUGAUCUUCUAUUUGACUAAGACUGGUCGCCGAUUCAAUAAAAACUGUAAAUUUGUACAUAAAGUGGCUGAGGAUGUGAUAGACCAACGCAAGCAGACUCUGGAAGCUGGAGGUGUUCCAGAGAAGAAGUACAAAGAUUUCCUGGACAUUCUACUGAUGGCGCGGGAUGAGAAUGGGAAGGGACUCACCAGGGAGGAGAUCCGAAAUGAAGUCGACACAUUCUUAUUUGAAGGUCACGAUACGACAGCCAGUGCCAUCUCAUGGAUCCUUUAUGCUCUAGCGACACACCCAGAACACCAGACCAAGGUCCAGGAGGAGAUUGACCGUAUCCUGGAGGGCAGAGAUUCUGACCGGCUCCAGUGGGAGGACAUGCCAAAGUUGGAGUACCUGACGAUGUGUAUCAAGGAGGGGAUGGUUUACAGCGACAGCCAUUUACCUGUCAAUAUGUUUUAA